AUGAGUCCAUCUCCCGGAGAUCACCCGGGUCGAACAAUACCAGAAUGGCUAGAUCCGCAAAACUUGCAUGGCCACCUUUUCUAUAUGUUUCUCAAAGCUAGUGAUGGACAUACACUUCCCAACCCGUUUUUGGUCGGAAGGUCGAUAGAAAAACACGUAGGCAAGAUUGAGGGAGCGUUUUUCGAUCGCAUCAGGAAGUGGUACGUGUUGAAACUACGAAAUAUGGACCAAGGAAGAAAGCUGGAAGAAAUGAAGAAGCUCAUCGAUGGAACUCCCAUAGAAAUCGGUAGUCAUCCCAAUUUGAACCGACGUAAGUUCGUUGUUAGUUGCGGCGAAGUUAUCGACAUGACCGAGGCGGAUUUGUUAGCCGAACUAUUGUCACAAAAAAUUACCGAGGUCAGAAGAAUAACGAAGAAAACUCCAGCUGGCAUAAUCGGCACACCGACUUUAGUGCUAACGAUAAACAGCACGGUCAUCCCUGAAUUCGUGAAUUUCGGUCUCCUCCGAGUCCGAACGCGUUUGUACAUCCCACAGCCACUACUAUGUCGUCAGUGUUUCUCCUACGGGCACCCGAAGAAGCGAUGUCCGAACGAACGCGCGUGUAGCAUCUGUUCUAGCCAAAAACACGAUAGCAGCGAAUGCCCUGGCAAAAAAUUUUGUCGCACUUGUCAAUCACACGAGCACUCACCAGCCGAACGUACUUGUCCGAAGUGGGUUGAAGAAUCCACUGCUCUUCGGAUAAGCGCAGAACAAAAUUUAUCGCUUGCCGCAGCUCGUCAACAAAUUAAAAACAACAACAAUAUCAAGAUCAGCUACGCGAACAUCACCCGAUCAAAAAAGCAACAACAAAAACAACCACAAAAACAACAAGAUAACACCACAAAACAGCAGCAUCCAAAACGUGAUCAUACAACUGUAGCAUCGGGACAACCAGCUAUUCCACCGACAACCCCGUCACCCCCUCGUAAGAAAACCCCUUCUUCUGCUUCUCCAUCUGACUCCACGGACAAAGGAGUUGGACAAGAGACCCCCUAG